CCCGCUAGCUGGGAGCCUACUUUUAUUUUGUGGAUGCGGAAGUUUCUUGAUGACAUCAAAGAUAACCCUUGGUUGAACAUGAAGUAAAGUUUAGCUGACAUGGUUAUAGAGAUGGGAAUUACUUUUGCUCUGUACACUAAUAUUAUUUUCUGAGACAUUUUACACUACAAAUUGAAGAUUCUCCUGCCAUAAUGGUGUGCUGUAGUUGUGUUGGUGCUGUUACUACAAGGUGCUAUAGUUGCAGAAAGCGACAGAGGUUUCGUAGGAAACGAAAAGCAAGCAAGUGCGAGAAAGUCUGGUUUGUGUUUCUGGUCAUCACGUUUAUUGUAUCCUUGGCAAACACUUUUUACUGGUUUUCAAUCUCAAAUGAUUCCAAUACAAUCAAUAAAUAUAUUUGGAACAGCUUUGGAGUAUGGUUUCCAAUUUACUUUGUGUUGCUGGUAAUGACGUGCAUACUGUUUGGCUAUAUAGCGCUCUUACUGCUGUUCGGAAUCAUCAGCAUAUGUCUACAGGAAGACCUGCGUUUACACUUGAUUCACAAGGUUCUUACUUGCCUUGUAUUUGUGAGUAACAUUACAAUAUUGGUAUUAGCUACAGUGCUUGAUCCAGGUCUUUGGAUUCUUGUUAGUCGCUAUUUGCAAUUUUCUGGUCCAUUCUUGCAUCUUAUAGCUGUUGUUUUUGUCACCAUAGUAACUUGGUUUGUUGCAGCUGGGCUGGGUGUGCUCUGUGAUCGAGCUGCAUUUUCAUUUUUGGAAAAUUUAGAAGUUCAGUAUGAAUUGGUUGGAAACAAAGACAUUCAGUCGUCGCAAACUAAUGAAAAUAAUAAGAAUAAGAAUAAGAUAAGAGUUACAGUUCGUGAUAUCACACUGAUUUACUUUGUUCUAAUCAUUGGGUUGUAUAUUGCUCCAAUUUUUAUCAAAUCUCCUUGUAUUAUGGAUUAUAAUGAAUUGCCAGAAAAGCCUCUCAUAUUUGCACAUAAAGGAGCAGAAAUGGUUGCACCAGAAAAUACUGAUAUUGCAUUUCGAUUAGCAUUAGAUGAAUAUGGAGCUCAUGGAAUUGAAUCAGAUGUUAGAAUAAGUCGUGACGGUGUUCCAUAUGUAAUGCACGACGAGCUAUUGCGACGUACCACAAAUGUGAAAGACAUCUUUCCUAACCGCUACGUGGAGCCUGCUGAUAAUUUCACUAUCAAGGAACUAAAAGAACUUAAUGCAGGAUCCUGGUUUAUGGAGAAAGAUCCUUUCAUGACAGCAAGGCUAUUGUCAGCGGAGCAGAAGGUGCAGUAUAGGUCGCAGAAAAUACCCACAAUGCAGGAAAUGUUUAGUAUUGCUCGGCAGCGCAAUAGGACUUUGCUGUUUGAUAUAAGACCGCCCCCUGCUGGUCAUCCAUUCACAGAAUCGUGGCUGAAUGUAACGUUGGAUGCCGUACGAGCUGAGGGGAUAGCAAACAAAGACUUGGUAUUUUGGAAAGCCCCAAAUGGACCUCACUAUGUUGUUUUCAUCAACACCUUUGAUAAGAGAAAAAUACAGAAUGUUCAUCACUCGAUACCAUUCAAGUACAUAAUUUCAAAUGCAACGAUGAAUAUUUCUACCAAUGUCUGGAACGUGAAGGAGAAGUGGUUGUUUUCUUUAUUUUGGUGCGUGGGGACCUCGUCCAUCACGACGUCGGCGUGUCAUUCAUUGCAAGAACUUGAUGCCCCAUCAUGGCAACUGAGUCGUCAACACUAUCUUAUAAUGUGGAUCCUGUUUGAUAUUGCAUCAGUUGUUUGGGUGGUUGUACUAUUCAUCAUACAAAUCAGCCGGAACCGCCAGAGUUCUGCUGUAAAAAGUGAUCGGUACAAGUACACUGACUUUAUUGCCCUUGAGGAAAUGACUUCAAAUACGGCAUCAACAACGGUAAACAGCACUCAUGUUUCAGAGACAGCAGCCAGUAAAACUUAGAGCACAUUGGUGGAGCUGAAAGAAAAAUAAUACUGUAAAUGAGGACUAAAGUACAGUGAAGAAUGACACGAUGGUAAAAAGCAGCUGUGACUGUGUUAUGGUCAACAGUUAUUGUAAAAUGGUUAACAGUUGUCUACAAAUUGAUGAUUAACAGUUGUGUGAUGGCUAACACCUGUGUACUGUAUGAUGGCCAACUGGUGUGUGCAUUAUGUUUACUGCAAGAAAAUAUAUUUCUAUCAACUAUGUUCUACAAAAAAAUUCCAUCCUUUAUUCACUGCCCUGCCUUACACAUGUGUACCUUGUGUUGAAUAUGCUUGCCCGCAUAAACUGCCUUAGCUAACACUAGCGUACUGUAUGAUAGCCAACGCUUGUAAUGUCAGUGGCAUAUCCAGGAUUUUAAGGAGUGCUGAAAAGAGAUAUUACAUUCACUGAACUUUACACAAGGCGUAAAACUAGUGACAGAUGGUAUGGAUGGCUAUGACUAUACAAUAAAAAAAAAAAGUGUCUUACUUUGCCAUUUAUUUCCAAUAAUUCAUUAUUGGAAAUAUAUUAUUCAUAAUAUUAUUUUUUUUUUCCCUGUGAAUGUAUGAUGGUUAACAGAUCUGUACAAUAACACUGCAAGAAAGUCUACUGCUAUCAACGUAUGUCAGUGGAAUAAUAAUAAUAAAGGUCGGAUAACACUGUAAAUGCUGACCAUGUUCUACAAAAUAA